AUGGGGCUGCUGCUCAUGAUCCUGGCGUCGGCCGUGGUGGGUUCCUUGCUCACGCUCCUCACCCAGUUCCUGCUGCUCUACCUCAGGCAGCCUAAGCCGCCGCCGGACGAGGCCGCCCGCGCGGCCGAUGGCUUCCGCUACCUCAAGCCGGUGCCGGGCCUGCCCCUGCGGGAGUACCUGUAUGGCGGCGGCGGGGCUGAGGAGCCCGAGGGCGGCGCGGCUCCGGGCCCUGAAAGCCCCGCGCCGCCGACGCAGGAGACCUGCUACUUCCUCAACGCCUCCAUCCUCUUCCUCUUCCGGGAGCUGCGGGACACGGCGCUGGCCCGCCGCUGGGUCACCAAGAAGAUCAAGGUGGAGUUCGAGGAGCUGCUGCAGACCAAGACGGCCGGCCGCCUGCUGGAGGGCCUGAGCCUGCGCAAUGUCUUCCUGGGCGAGGCGGUGCCCUUCGUCAAGACCAUCCGCCUGCUGCGGCCUGUGGUGCCCUCGGCCACCGGCCAGCCCGACGGCCCCGACGCCGAGGCGCUGCCCGCCGCCUCGCCCGAGGAGUUGGCCUUCGAGGCCGAGGUGGAGUACCACGGCGGCUUCCACCUGGCCAUCGACGUGGACCUGGUCUUCGGCAAGUCCGCCUACCUCUUCGUCAAGCUGUUGCGCGUGGUGGGCCGCCUGCGCUUCGUGCUCACGCGCGUGCCCUUCACCCACUGGUUCUUCUCCUUCGUGGAGGACCCGCUGAUCGACUUCUCGCAGUUCGAAGGGCGGUCCAUGCCCCAGCUGACCUCCAUCAUCGUCAACCAGCUCAAGAAGAUCAUCAAGCGCAAGCACACGAUGCCCAGUUACAAGAUCAGGUUUAAGCCAUUUUUUCCAUUCCAAACCUUCCAAGGAUUUGAAGAAGAUGAAGAUGAGCAUAUGCACAUCCAGCAGUGGGCGCUAGCUGAGGGCCGCCUCCAGGUUACGUUGUUAGAGUGUAGCAGGUUACUCAUUUUUGGAUCCUAUGACAGAGAGGCAAAUAUUCAUUGCACACUUGAGUUAAGCAGUGGUGUUUGGGAAGAAAAACAAAGGAGUUCUAUUAAGACGGUUGAAUUAAUAAAGGGGAAUUUACAAAGUGUUGGACUUACACUCCGUCUUGUCCAGUCUACUGAUGGGUAUGCUGGACAUGUCAUAAUUGAGACUGUGGCCCCAAACUCUCCAGCUGCAAUUGCAGAUCUUCAGCGUGGAGAUCGGCUCAUUGCUAUUGGAGGUGUGAAGAUCACAUCUACACUGCAAGUGCUGAAGCUUAUCAAGCAGGCGGGGGAGCGGGUCCUGGUGUAUUACGAGAGGCCUGUGGGUCAGAGUCAUCCAGGUCCCGUGCUGCAAGAUCACUUUGGGUCGCUGGAGGAAAACUUACUCUCAGGCUCAUGCCAACAGAAUUAUGAAGAGGAAGUAUCUGGGUUAUCCAUGGAUGCUGAAAAUAGAGACCUGGAUUCUGAAUUUGAAGACUUGGCCAGUGAUGUCAGAGCGCAGAAUGAGUUCAAAGACGAGGCUCAGUCAGUGAGUCACAGUCCCAAACGUACUCCAACCUCACUCUCCGUCAAGCCCCUUGGAACUGUAUCACCAGUUUUAAACCGUAAAUUAGUUGUAGGAAGUCACCCGCCGCCACCAAAACCUGCAUCCAAAGAAGGAAAUAAAUCGUUAACCCUGAAGAGCUCUGAGCCAGCAGACCCAGCCCAAGUGUCCAAACUGGCCCCAGGAUCUUCUCUGAAACCGCCUGUGCCACCACGACCACAAGUGAAGCCCCCUGUGUCUUCUGCUGACUCCCCAAAUCAGGUUGACGUAGAUGUUCUUGUUGAGAAGCCAGAGAAGAUGCCUCCGCCUCCACCUCCUGCAGAUAAAGCCACUGAGAAACAAGCAAAAAACGUGGAUCACCUAGAAGAGGCAACUGCUUUGAAGCCAUUUUUAGUCAAGCAAGAAGUUGCUAAAGAUGCGGCUGCAGAAAGUCCCUACCUUACUAAGGAUAGUUCAGAUGAUCCUCAAACUUGGGAAUCAUCAGAAAUUCGUUAUCGAAAUAAGCUAGGAAAAUGGACACGAACCAGAGCCACUUGCAUCUUUGAUAUAGAAGCCUGCCACAGGUACUUAAACAUUGCUCUGUGGUGCAGGGACCCUUUCAAGUUGGGGGGCCUCAUCUGUUUGGGGCACGUUAGUUUAAAACUUGAAGAGGUAGCUUUAGGAUGCUUAGCUACAUCCAACAUGGAAUACCUUUCAAAAUUCCAAUUGGAAGCCCCAACACCUAAGGCAAUGGUCACUAGAACCGCCCUACGCAAUCUCAGUAUACAAAAGGGAUUCAAUGACAAAUUUUGCUUUGGUGACAUUACUAUUCACUUUAAGUAUUUGAAAGAAGGUGAACCAGACCACCAUACAGUUAGUAAUUUAGAGAAAGAAAAAGAGCUUCAUUUGGUUGAAGAGGUUUCUGCCCCACCUAAAGAGGACCAUUUUGUUGGACAGGUGGGUUUAGCAGAAAAUAAACAUAGUUUCCAAGAUACUCAGUUCCAGAACCCAACGUGGUGUGAUUACUGUAAGAAAAAAGUGUGGACUAAAGCCGCUUCCCAGUGUAUGUUUUGUGCUUAUGUUUGCCACAAAAAAUGUCAAGAAAAGUGUCUAACUGAGACUCCUCUUUGUGGGGCCACUGACAGGCUGGAAGGACAGGAGGCACUCUUAGGCUUGCCUCCUCGAGUCGACGCUGAUGCUAGCAAGUCAGUCAAUAAAAUGACAGGUUUGACCAGGCAUAUUCUCAACACUAGCUCUCGGUUGUUAAAUUUGCGGCAAGUCUCCAAAACUUGCCUUGUGGAUCCAGGAACUGACCUAGUAGAGCCUUCACCAAAACAGACACCCAACACGUCAGACAAUGAAGGCAGUGACACAGAGGUGUGUGGGCCCCACAGUCCCUCUAAACGGAGAAACCCUGCCGGAAUAAAGUUAGUAAGAAAGGAGGGUGGACUGGAUGACAGCGUGUUCAUUGCGGUGAAGGAAGUUGGUCGUGAUCUGUAUAGGGGCUUGCCAACGGAGGAAAGGAUUCAGAAACUAGAGUUCAUGUUGGAUAAGCUACAAACUGAAAUUGAUCAAGAAUUGGAACAGAAUAAUUCCUUGGUUAGGGAAGAAAAAGAGACAACUGAUUCGAGGAAAAAAUUGCUUCUUUCUGCUGCUUUGGCUAAAUCAGGGGAGAGACUGCAAGCUCUAACACUUCUUAUGAUCCACUACAGAGCAGGCAUUGAAGAUAUGGAAUCGUUAGAAACUUUGUCUUUAGACCAGCACCCCCAAAAAAUGAACAAGUACACGGAUGACACAGAAGAAGAUCUUGACAAUGAAAUAAGCCAACUAAUCGAUUCGCCACCAUUCAGCGGCCUGUCAGAUGACUUGUUUGGCGCUUCCGAAUCUGUGUAG